AUGUCUGCAAAAGUGGUUUUUAAUCUCGGAUACCCGGACAAGGAAAAGGAACAGGUAAAAAUCAACGAGGAGGCCAGACUGCACGGGGAUAUUCUACAGGCAGACUAUGCCGAACAUUAUUAUAAUCUCACCAAAAAAUUCGUCAUGGGUUUGAAGUGGGCAGCGAAAUUUUGCGAUUGUGAUUUUGUGAUGUCGACGGAUGACGACAUCAUGGUCGACAUCGUGACCCUCGCCAAAGACCUUCAAGGUCUUCCGUUAGAGGAACGUACAAACUUCGUUUCUGGCAAGCAGAAUGGAAACCCCGUUGAUCGGAAUGAAUACAGCAAGUGGUAUUGCCCGAAGGAACUGUACCCCGAGGAUAGGUACCCGCCCUUUCCCCUCGGACAUGGAAUUAUUUUAUCGCAUAAGGUUACACAAAAGCUUUAUGAAGCUUCUAGGGAGUUGCCGCCCGAAAUUCCAUUCGAUGAUGUCUACUGCGGGAUACUUUUAAAGGCGCUGGGCAUUGAAAUAAGAGACAGGUCCUAG